GAGUUGUGGGAAGACGUAACGAGUCCAGAAUUCGUGGAAAAGCGGAAGCAAUUUAUUCUAGAUUCCAAGCAGUGAAACGCUCAACACAACGGCUACUGCUUGGAUUCUAAACGUAUUCGCGAUUCGAGGGACAUAAAUCGAAAGAUGUUUUUUGAAGUCCCAGUCCCGAAGUGAAUUCAAAAUGUCUAUUUACUACGACGUGGAUGAUGAAGAAUACGAUGAUGAUGAUGAAUACGAUGAAAGCGAUUCUUACUAUGAUGAUGACUAUUUUGAUAAUUCUGAUGAUGACUAUUUUGAUAACUCUUAUUACCCCGCUUAUGGGCGCCGUUCUUUAUCCCCGCCGCCCAAGGCUUUGCCAACGCUGGUCGACAGCUGCUGCAAAAUUCUUUCUGCAAAUUUCCCCAUCAGUUAUGUACAAGACCAAUGGGAAACAGUCCCAGACGAGCUUCAGUUGAAAGUGAUCUCAAGUUCUUUCCCUGCAGAGUUUCCUGCUACUGUUGGAUCAUCAAGUUCAGAUUCUUCUAAUCGUUGUUAUUGCAUACCUACCAUCAUCCAAACAGGUUGUGAAAUAAGGGCUACCGUUAUGGACAACUAUGUGACCAUUCACUUUGAUCGUGGCAAGUUCACCUCUGUAGACUGUACAUGCAACUAUCAUAAGAACAGGGCCGAGGAUGAUCCCAUGAAUAGAUGGUGCGCCCAUGUUAGGGAAGCAGUUGCUAUGCGGAUCAAUUAUCCUGAAAAGAUUAAAUAUUACCUCAGUCCUAUCAACGAGUCACUUCAGAAACUUGACAGAAUGAAGCUCCUAAAGCUAACAGGCUCUCUUCUUAAUCGAUAUACCAACAAUCCUGUUGUAGAUUCUGCUCAAGAGCAUCUCGAUCAGCUAUUGAACAAGACCAAGAACAGCAAGGCUUUCAUCGAUGUUUCGGGUAACCCAAUUCCAUCAGCUAGUCCUUUUGUGGCUUGUUCUUCAAGCUCAUCAGGUUUUGAUUCUGUCACCCCUUUUUCGUCAUCCCUGUCGUCUAAAGGAUUCAAGAUGUAUCACGAUCUUAAAGACAAUUCGACAUCGUCUUUAAAACAGACGACAGUGAAAGAGGCUUGCGUCAGAUCGCUAGUGGACUGCUGCUGCAACGUUCUCUCUGCAAAUUUCUCGAUCAGUUAUGUACAAGACCAAUGGAAAACAGUCCCAGACGAGCUUCAGUUGAAAGUGAUCUCGAGUUCCUUCCCUGUAGAUAAAGAAAAAGUAAUGAAAAUUGCAAAUUUUGGUAGGAAAGAACACAUGUAUGGAAGCUAUAGUGACCCUUUGAAAGCUAUGUUCAAACCUAAAAACAUAAGGGACAUGAAGCAAAUUGGUUGUCGACUAAGUGCAAAGGUUUUUGGUUUGUUUUUUGUGACCAUUUUCUUUGAUCGCCGCAAGAUCACUUCUGCCCACUGCUCAUGCCAGUCACAGGGACCUUGGUGCAAACAUGUGCAAGAGACAGCUCUUGAAAGGAUUCGCCAUCCCGAGAGAGCAACCUACCACCUACCAAUCACUGACUCACUUUAUCAAUUGAACAGAGAUGAACUUCUCAAGUUGGCAAGCAUGCUUUUGAAUUAUCCUGAUGAGAUUGAAAUGGUAGACAAUGCCUUUCAGUUGAUGGAUGAGCUGUUGAACAAGAAUGGCCAGCAUUGCCAUGCAUAA